UGUAUUAAAUCAAGAAUAUCAACACGAAAUUAAUAUAAGGAAAAUGCCAUACCAAAUCAGAUCAAAUUUUUCAUUACCUAUUCUAUAAUAUAUAAUCCAUCUCUCUCUCUACGCAAUCCAAUCCAGUGAACAGCUGCACAGACGAAAUAUAUACAUACACUGUUUUUAUUUUUGUCACCUAUAACUCUUGAAUCAUCUGGUUUCUUGAAUUUUUUCAAUAAUUUAACGCAGUUUUGCAGGGUUAUGAUCUGGGUUUUCCUUUGAAUAAACCAAUUUAUUUUUUUUUAAAGAAAAAUUCAAUCUGUUGAACAGUUUUGCACAGUUAUAAUCUGGGGUUUUUUUUACCACUUUGAUUCAGAUUUCUUGAUAAAGCCCCGCCAUGAAGGUUCAUCCGGUGCCGGUCACUCUGCAAUACGACAUAGCAUCGGCUCUCUCUCAGGCGAACGUCUGCGGGCAAAGAAAGCUUCGGCGACUACCCCACAUCUUCGCCAAAGUGUUGGAGCUACCUUUCCGCUCAGACGCCGACGUUUUGAUCGACGAAACCCCCGAUUCCCUUAGAUUCGUCGUCGCCACGGGUGUAAUCACAGGUGAAGUUGGGGCACACGCUAUUGAGAUUUACCCUGGGGUUACCAAGAUUGUUAUCCGGGUAAACGACGUCGUUGACUUGUCUGGAAAUGAAUUGGAGAUGGAUAAGUGGCGGUUUCGGCUCCCGGAUUCGACAUGGCCGGGAUUGGCAACUGCCGUGUACCACCAAGGGGAGUUGGUUGUGACAGUGCCAAAAGGCGGUGCUGAAGAAGAUGGAGGCGCUGAAGGUGGUGAUGGUGGGGAUCUUGGAGGUGGGAGGUUUGUUCUUGUACAGUGAUAUUUAAAUUAUUUCUAUCCCCUUUUACUCUAUGAUAAUUUGCUUAAGCCUGUUACACUGAUAUGAUUUUGGUGGAUUACAAUGCUUUUAGUAACAUUUCUUCAA